CAUUUCAUAAUAAAUAAUAAUAAUAAUAAUAAUAAAUUGACAUUUUAACAUCUGCUAUGUGUUCUCAAAACGGCCAUCUCAGCACUGUUCGGUUCAGCACUGAUGGAACGUCCAACUGUUUCAUCAUGGCCCCCCUGCCAGUGCAAAUGCAGUCUUAAAUAAAACCGCACAAUCAUUAAUCUUAUGAUGAUCUAGCUUGCUAAAAUUUCACUCUUCAUUAGAGCUAAAUCAAUAAAUUUUUUUGUCAGGAUUUAUGAUGAAAUAUCGUUUUCGCUUUCUCACCUCCCUUCGCCUUCUAUCCCUUCCUUCCUUUCUCCCCCACAUACGCAUGCAUUCACACACAUACGCGACCCCCUCCCCCCUUCCAUAAUUGUCUCAUCUCCCUUACCCACUCUCUUCUCUACAACAAACAUGGCCGCUAAAUCUGAUGGUGCACCCGUCUCGUUGCGAAAUGACAUCCUGCCCGAGUGCCUGCCCGGUUCAGAUCAACGUUCGCCUCAGGGCCACCCUGCUAGGAAGCGCUACUCGCUCCACGACUGCAGUUGGACGCUAUGUGCCCUUUUGGUGUUCUUUUCGGACGGGGCCUCAGACCUGUGGCUGGCAGCGGACUACUACCUCAGGCGGAACUACUGGUGGUUUGCAUUGACACUGGUCUUCGUGAUCGUUCCAUCUGUGGUGGUUCAGGUGCUGAGUUUUAGGUGGUUCGCCUAUGAUUAUUCGGAUACCAACGACAGUAGCACAGCCGCUGCAGCAGUGGUCGCAGCAUCGGGCGCGGAGAGCCAUUUCACCACCAAGGACAGCGAUCAACGGGGCGCUGGCCGCGAUGCUGAGGUCGGGACAUUGCCUACGACGGGCACUAUGGGAAGAGCCCGGGGCUGCUGCAGAGCCUUUAUGUGGCUCUUUCAAUGCUUCAUCCAUAUAUUUCAGCUAGCACAGGUCUGGAGGUAUGUCCAUGCCCUGUACUUGGGGGUGCAGAGUCGCUGGCGUGGGGACCAUGAGCGUCGUCACUUCUACUGGCGCAUGAUGUUUGAGAGCGCUGACAUCAGCAUGCUGCGUCUGCUGGAGUCCUUCCUGAAGAGCGCCCCCCAGCUGGUCCUGCAGCUAAGCAUCAUGGUCCAGGCCAGCCAGGUCCUCCCGCUGCAGGGCCUCUCAGCAUCUGCCUCUCUGGUGUCCCUAUCCUGGAUAAUUGCCUCCUACCAGAAGGUUCUGAGGGACUCCCGGGACGAUAAGCAGCCUAUGUCCUACAAGGCCGUCAGUGUGCAAAUCCUGUGGCACCUGUUUACUAUCGGAGCCCGUACGAUGGCCUUCGCCCUGUUCGCCUCCAUGUUCCAGCUCUACUUCGGUAUCUUCAUCGUGGCCCAUUGGUGCAUCAUGACAUUCUGGAUCAUUCAAGGCGAAACAGACUUCUGCAUGUCCAAAUGGGAGGAGGUCAUCUAUAACAUGAUGGUCGGCAUAGUGUAUGUUUUCUGUUGGUUCAGCGUGAGGGAAGGGCGCACGCGCUGCCGUAUGCUCAUCUACAGUGUGGUUGUAUUCAUUGAGAAUGUGGCACUCACCACAUUCUGGUAUGUGUACCGUGGCCCACAUACCUCUGACUUCAAUGCCCUGAUCAUGGUGUGCAUGGUGGCCAGUAGCUACGCUCUGGGCACCUUCUUUAUGUUUGUCUACUACUGCUUGCUCCACCCUGACGGUCCUAUCUCAGGGUGGGGAUGGGGGGUACCAGAGGAGGUAACAGUGGAGUCCUGCCUUUCCCCAGCUUCCUCUCUCCCUCCAGAUGUAGUGGCCAGCCCCCCCAGGACCCUGCAGAGGACUAAAGGGGGAGACCGUGAGCAGAUGGGAGGGGCUAAUGCAGACGUGUUUCUGGUACGAACACUUAAAAGAGGAGCCAAGCCAACUCUCCCACCCCUCGCCCCUAGGACAGAGGGGCCAGUCAUCCGUAUAGACUUGCCCAGGAAGAAGUACCCUGCCUGGGAUGCCCACUUCAUCGACCGUCGGCUGCGCAAAACCAUCCUGGUGCUCGAGGGUGCUGCUCCGGUCACACCAAGGAUCCAGUACCGCUGUCUGGGCUCACCCACAGAGGUGAUGGAGUAUGAGACCACGGUGUGAACUGCAGAGAGUGCUGUUACUCAACUGGCUGUCAGCCAGCCGGCAAAGCCCCACAGUGGCACACAGCUGACUAACUCUCUCUGAGGGUCAGUUCUGCUCUAGUCCCGCUCUGUCACCCCUCUGUGCUGUAAAGCAUCAAGAAUACACUGGCAGGGAGAGGGGGAGUGUGUGCAAAGGUUUUCACAUCAAAUGUCUGGGAUAGAAAGACACAAUGUCUGAUGUGGCCUAAGUAGGUGACUAGGUGAGGUUUGUAUUUUGGUGUCGUGUCAGUAUCAUUUCUCCGGUUAGGGGGAUGGUACAGGGAGGGUUAUGGGCCAGGGGUCAGAGAUCAGAGGUUAGGGAUCAGUGAGAGUGCAGAGGGACACAGAAAGAGGUGCUGGAUAGUAGUCAAUCAGAGGGAAACCAUCCUCAAUGGUGCUCCAAAAUAAUGUCCUCUCAAGCAAAGGCAAAUACCAUCAGAGACAAUACCUAAACAUUUAUGAAUACCUAUGACAAUAUUUCUGUUAAUUUAUUAUGAUAAUACACCAUAACAAUAGAUAAGUCACGUGGUUAAUACAUACCCAUCUAAUGGAGCUACUGGAACAGGACAUUUUGACCUGAAGAUGACAAUGGAAGAUCUUACUGCUGUGUGUCAUUUGUCAUAGCUAUUUAUGCAUGUUUAAGUAAUCACAAAGCCUUAAUAAGUGGUCUAAAAUCCAUAGGACAAUUUCUAAAGAGAGAGAAAUUGAAAAAAUGUAUUGAGAUGAAUGUUCAAUACACUAUGACAAUAAACAUAAGGCUGGAUACAGAAUGUGCAGGAUUGCAGUACCAUGGAUUGCUGUACUAUGUCUAACUUGUCUGGACUCUGGAUGCCCUGUAGAAAAUAGUUUAGAUAUCUUUCAAUCUUCAUGAUAAUGAUACAGUAUGUGCUUCGUGUGUAACUAGGUGGUCAUUGCUCCAUAAAGAAAUGUUCUAUCUGUCUAACACUAAAAAUUGAGUGUAUCAACUUGAAAUCCAGAAGAACAAGACAGAAACAUUAUGUGGCUGAGAAGUGGAAACAAGGUUGAAACUGGGAGCAUUUGUAUAGGAGGUGUGUGCGUGCGCGUGUUCGUGCACAUUUGUAUGUGUAUGUUGUACAUUGAGGUUCAUAUGAUAUUGUGUUGUAGAAAGAUGAUGAAGCUUUAGUUCUUAAAUGCUGUCUAGUUAACUCAAUUAUCCUGCUAGCACUGCGAUGAAUACAAUAUCUCCACACAGAACCAUCAACACAGCCACAGAACUAUGAAGCCACGGCUCCAUGUUGGUGCUAACUGUUGAGUCUGUGUAUAAUACCACAGCUUACCUUAUACAGUGUUCUGGUCUGGAUUCAUCCAUCAAACCAUACUGGUCUGGCUGGGCUGUACCUCAAAUACACAUACCAGAAUGAAAGCCUUAAACUGGUCAUGCCAGACUGUUGCUUGCAGAAAAAAAGAACAACGUUUUUCAUUAUGUUGUUAUUGGGAAAUAAAGAGCAA